AUGUCGGCGCUGGCGGCGCUGGUGGUGUUGGCGCUGGUGGCGCUGGUCGUGGUGGCGGCGUGCCGCGUGCUGGGCCUGUGGACGUGGCUGGCCGCCUGGGUGGCCUCCCCCAGGGAGGAGAAGGUGGCGCUCACCCGCGUCGACGGCCACUACGACGCCAACGGCGUGCUCAGCACUACGUCACCGAGUGUCGUCGCCUGGCAACAGCUGCGUGGCGUCGCCGUGGCGGAACAGAGAGACGGGCGAAGGCGAGCUGGCGGCGUCGAGGAGGCGGGGCUUCAUCUGGGGCGUCGAGAGUUCUCCUGGCGCGCCACUUGCCAGCCGGCCCGCCUCGCCCUGGCGCGCUUUUCGACGUCGCCAGCAAUUAACGCGCCUCCCGCCACCGGAGGAUUAAAACAGACGCUCUGCUCCCCCACAUCUGUAGACCCUGUGCUCUCUGAUUCAUUGUUCGUCAACUCCACUGCUUACGCAUCCUCCUUCCAUCCCACUCUUUCCACGGGGGUGUGCAUUCGGAUGGUGCGCGCGGAGUCGGACACGAGCCUGGAGGUGGCGCUGCGGUUCGGGGGCGCGGCUGCGGCGGCGGCCGGCGUGUGCGACGUGCCGGCCGGGCUGCGGCGCGCCGCCUCCUGCGAGUCGGUCUGCUCGGACACGUCCGUCGUGCUGGGAGACCUCCAGGAGGCGCCCGUCGCAGGGUACCUCUGCGUCGGCCUCGAGAGCGACAGCAGUGGCGAGCUGGUGGUGACCGUGCUGGAGGCCAAGGAGCUGGCCGACAGCCCAGACUCCUACGUGCGGCUCUCGCUCUCGCCCGACAGGAACUGCGUCGUGCAGACCAGGGUGUACCGGCGCAGCAGCUGCCCGAGCUACAAGGAGAAGUUCGUGUUCUCGCUGGACCCGGCGGAGCUGUCGCGGCGCACGUUGUCGCUGCAGGUGUUUGCCACGGACAAGGAGGUGACGACGCUGCUGGGCGAGGCCGAGCUGCGCCUCUCCGACAUCAGCAUGCGGCAGCCGGUCACCACGUGGCUCACGCUCACCGACACCGGCCAGCACGGCACAGAAUGGGGUGAGGUGAUGUUCUCGCUGAGCUACCUGCCCACUGCUGAGAGACUCACUGUCGUCAUAGUGAAGGCGAGAAACCUGAGGUUCUCCACCGACCCUGUACCUGGCGACCCAUUUGUAAAGGUUUAUUUAUUGCAACAUGGGAAGAAAGUUCAUAAGAAGAAAACAACAACUAAACGUGGUGAACGUUGUCCUAUCUUUAACGAAGCAAUGAUUUUCAGUGUACCAGCUCAUGCUCUACAGACAAUACAGCUUCGGGUAACUGUUGCAGAAAAUACAGGAGAGCCACGAGCUCGUGCUGUGGGGCAUGUGAUUGUGGGUGCACAAGCUACAGGGAAGGCACUCUCACAUUGGAGUCAAAUGUUAUCCUCUUUACGCAAGCCCAUUGCAAUGUGGCAUGUUCUACGCAAAUGACAAUUCAC